UUCCACACCAAAAAUGAUGCAAACUAAUACUCCGGCCAUAAUAAAAAUCUUUUAAAAAAAAAUUACUCUGAAUAAAUUGAAUUCCACAAAAGAACAUUUCUCUUUCCCUCUCCCCCCUUUUUCCCACAUAGACGCUCUUUCAACACUCAAGAACCAGAGCUAUUACAAAAAAAGACCACCUUGAUUCCACUAUACUAAUAUUCUCAUUUACGGCAAUCAGAUAUCUCCUAAAGCGCUUUGAGACGCAUUCCGUGACUCACGGAGGUGUGCAGCCAAGAAGAGAAGUCUUGUCACAAUCUCUCUUAAGCUGCAGCUCCAUUUUCCUUUCUUCAUCCACACAGAUCACCAUCUUCUGAUCUCGCCUCAAGUAUAUGGUCCAGCACGUUUCAAACCGACAACCACCAAGUAGCAUUAGUGGGAAAAUAGGGAAGAGACGAUAUAUAUGUGAAGGUGUUCGUAUUGUGAAAGUUUCAAGCUGCAAUGUGUUCGUACCAGCCGUUUGCCUUCGAUUCUUUUGUAUUGCCUUUUGCGUUUAUGGACUAAAAGUCAAGGGAGUCGUACAAUGGUCUGUCCAAGAUUUUAAUAAAAUUAAUGAUUUGACAGCGAGUCUAAACAAAUAUUGCAGUUCUGCCAUAACUUGUUUACUUCUGUUUAUUUAUAAAUGAUCAGAUAACGGACAAACAAAUUUAAUGAGAAAAAUCCAUGCUACAAUGGUGGGCCCCGAUUCAUCAGACACUGCCUUCCAAAUCCACAUCUACAGGUACAAAGUUAACGGUGAGAUUGUGCUGAUAGAGGAUGGAUCCUCCCAUCUCGACGAUUCUUCAAUUUAAGGAUACUUACAACAACAUCCUUUCAAUUUAAGGAUACUUAGAAGUUAGAACAACAUCCUUCCUAGUGACUUAAGGGACAAUUGAAGAUAUGUUUGCAUCUUUGAAUUGUUGUGGUGCAAUGUCCAGAGGGAAUAAACAGUCCCAAACUACUGUUGGGGAAAGUGGAGAAGAAGAUUUCUCUAUCAUUCAAGGUGUUCAUGUUUUCUCCUAUAAGGAUCUCACACUGGCAACAAAGAAUUUUCAUCCAGGCAACCAGAUAGGCGCUGGGGGAUUUGGAACUGUGUACAAGGGAGUCUUGAAGGAUGGUACAGAGGUUGCAGUAAAGAAGCUUUCUGUUCAAUCAAGACAAGGUGUCCAUGAGUUUUUAACCGAGAUAGAAACAAUAUCUGCAAUCAAACAUGAAAAUGUUGUCAUGCUACAUGGGUGUUGCGUAGAAGAAGAUCAUCGAAUUUUGGUGUAUGGAUACCUGGAGAAUAAUAGCAUUUCACAAGCCUUAUUCGGUUCCAGUAAUGGUGCAAUAAACCUGGAUUGGCAAACAAGGUCCAAGAUCUGCAUUGGGUCUGCACGUGGUUUUGCAUAUCUUCAUGAGGAAGUUACGCCUCAUAUUGUGCACCGAGAUAUUAAAGCUAGCAACAUACUCCUUGAUGGGGAUCUCAAUCCUAAGAUUGCAGAUUUUGGUCUGGCAAAACUUUUCCCAGAUAAUAUGACACAUGUCAGUACACGAGUUGCUGGAACACUUGGUUAUCUGGCUCCAGAAUAUGCCAUGUGUGGGCAAUUAACAAGAAAGGCAGAUGUCUAUAGCUUUGGGGUACUUCUACUGGAAAUUAUCAGUGGCAGAGUCAAUAUAAACACAACACUACCAGUUGAAGAGAAGAUCCUUUUGAAAAUGGCAUGGCGUUUAUAUGAGGAAAACAGAUUGCUAGAGUUGGUGGAUACAAGGUUAGAGAAGUACUCGGAAGAAGAAGCAUUGCGGUUCAUCAAAGUCGCUCUAUUGUGCACUCAAGCUGCACCCAAAAACAGACCGAUCAUGUCUCAAGUUGUAAAAAUGCUGUCAGAAGGGCACACCUUCACUGAGAAAUCUAUCUCGCGGCCCGCUUUCAUGUCAGCAGAUUUAAAAAUACUUCCAUCGCAUGAGUCCACAACCCAAACAUCAAGGCUUGAGGGUGAAUCCACAUCCAGUUACUGAAGACGCACAUUGACCCCCAUUUUCAGUAGAGUAUUGAAUCCUUUGAAAGAACCCAUAUUUUAACUUGUUUGUAAUGCUACUAGAGAAACUUUUUUGUAAUAUUACGCAUUUCAUAUUUCUGGUGCAACUGUGACUGGGAUAGAAGCGUGUCAUGUAUAUUGAGUUGUUAGUAUUGCAAUAAGAUAUUCAGUCAUUUAUCACAAAGAAUUUAAAAUUAUAUAUUUUAAUAUAUUUAAUUCAUUACAUC